AUGUCUACAUCUCCCUUGAUGGGAAAUUUGUCAGAUACACAGAUGCCUGGGAGAGAGAGAGUUGCUCCCAAUGACGCGACAGAAAGGACUAUUGAAAGGAGGCACAAGAAAAUGAUUAAAAACCGAGAAUCUGCAUCACGAUCAAGAGCAAAGAAGCAAGCUUACACUUAUGAGAUGGAGAACGAGGUUUCAUGUUUGGAGGUGGAGAACGGAAGGCUUAGGAGACAAAAGCUACAGAACCCGAUCACCAUCUCCAUCACCACAGUCACAUCGGCGUCCCUCCCCUUACGCCAUAACCAAUUAAAACAGCAGCCAGCCUAUAGUUCUGUUAAUAGCCACUAUGUAAUACCCGAUUCUGCUGCCAUACCUACAACAAAGCAGAUUCAUAUUCCCGUGAUCAAAGCAGAAACCCGACCACUCAGCCACACACAAAUCGCAACCUAA